AUGCGAACAACUGUACUUCUGGGUUUGGCUGCCCUCGUUGGAGUUGCUAAUUGUGGUGGAUAUGGUGCCCAAGCCUAUGGAAUGGGAGGUGGCGGUGGGGGCUACGGACGUCCAAUGAACUCAUAUGGUAACGGAUAUAACCAAGGAGGUGGAUUCAAUCAAUACGGAAAUGGAGGAGGAUUCGGAGGAAACAACUACAACAAUGGUCCACCACCAUUUGACGGAGGAUUCAACAGACCAUACGGAGGAGGCGGAGGCGGAGGAUACGGAAGGCCACAAGGAUAUGGAGCUCCACCUCCACCACCCCCACCACCACCACAGCCAGAACCAGAGCCAGAACCACAUCCAGAGCCAGCUCCAGAGCCAGCACCAGAACCAGCUCCAGAGCCAGCACCAGAACCAGCACCAGAACCAGCUCCAGAACCAGCUCCAGAACCAAUCGUCAAGCCAUACAACUCAUAUGCUGGACCACCAAGAAACAGUUAUGUUCGUUAUGGAGGACACUGA